UAACGCCGUGCAAUCGUGUGGCUUGGCCGGGCGAGGUGAGGCGAGCAGCAGAGCACCUCUCUGGAACAGAGCCUGCUGCUGUCUCACUGGUUGCUGCAGCCAGCCAAGAGCAGCAUUGCCGUGCACCAACAGUUACAAAACCAUCCCAGGUUCCAGCAUUGCUAGCUGGUCAUAUAUAGCUCUCUCCUAGUCACACACUCAACAAUUUCAGUUCCUUUCUUUUACAGCUUUAUUUUUGAACCAGGGACAUUCAGCAACCAUCUGUCUGAUAAUUGCCGGCAGUCGGCAUCAGCAUCAAAUAUCAGUGUCCAACGCAAUAUCUCGCAACACCGCACCUCACUCCUGUUCGCAUCCUUACAUACUCCUCGAAUACUCCAUGGCUCCGAAGCUCCCUACCAGCAAGUCACCUGUCGCAACACCGAUUGACGAAUUCAGCUUUAUUUUUGACCUAAUGGAUCGAGAUCGCGACGGUCGCAUUUCUGCAACAGAGCUCGCAUCGGUUCUCGAGAGCCUCGGGGAAGAGCGGGUGGAGGAGACGGUUCAAGCCAUGAUGAGCCAAGCCGACACUGACGGCGACGGCUACGUCGAUUUCGAUGAAUUCAUCCGCGUUAGUAGCCACUCAGCAUCCACGCCCGCUCUUUUCGAGGCAUCUCCGAGAUCGACUCUAUUCGCGUCUCUCGCGUCCGAUUGCGAAUCAGCGGCUGAUGCGUUCUGCAGGAGUAGCGACGGCCCGUCUGUCGACGAUCUGGCAGCGGCUUUUGAGCUGUUCGACCGGAAUAAGGACGGCUUUAUCACAGCGGAGGAGUUAAGCGAAGUGAUGGGGGGGAUCUGGGAGGACGAGGACAUGUCGUUGGAAGAAUGCGAAAGAAUGAUCCGGAGCGUCGAUCUUGAUGGCGAUGGACGGCUGUGCUUCAGCGAGUUUGUGGAUAUGAUGCAGGCGUCAGGGUCAUGGGGGCAAGCUGAGCAGCAACCUUGCACGGAGCAACGGGGCGUGAGGGUGAAGCCGGGAAUCGUGUGCUGAUAGCUUUAAAGUAGAGGACUUCCUUACUGGGACAAUUUUCCAAGCCUCCAUUGAGUUACUAGAGAAACGAUGAUCAUGUGCCUUUGUACAUACAUAUUUGCACAUACACAAUUACACAGUGAUUUCCCCUGGCC